AUGAAGACCGCAAUUGGCACCUACACCAGUAUCAGAGUUACAUUCGGGAUCGCCGCUGGUCCCUUGGCACUCCGUGGCACCCUGGGCGUUGGUGUCGCGAGCUACCGAGAUAGUGACAUCGCCAGUGACUCAUGGCUACACGAUUACUUCGACGAUUUGGUCCUUGCUGGCAUGCCGGUGGCAGUAGCCCGAGACCUGUGCCAUCUGCUGCAUUUCCUAUGUCUGGCUGGGUUCCUAUCUCAGGAGAAGAAGUUGGCGGUCGCGACGGCACCUGCUGACAUCCAGAGUAUGCGGUCGGUCUUCAAGGAACACCACGUUGAUGCCGCUGUGGGGAACACAGUUUCUAUCUUCAACGUUGCCUUCUCUUACGUUACCAAGGCCGGUCGAACGUUGCUGACUACGGACUGUCGUCGAGCUCUUCGACUUGGCCGAGCUCUCGAGUUUUUCCGCCGAGAAGCACCCCUAUCUCAAAAGCUCACCAAAAAAGAUUAUUUCGGUGUAUCUGGCUUAUUAUCCUUCGAUUGUGCGAAGCUGCACGCUUCCGCGAGGAUGUUGGCAGAUGUGCUGAGGUCCAUUAUUGGAGGUUGUUUUGCCGACAUAGGCUGGGACGUACCCUGUGAUCUCUCGCUAUUGAGCGACGACUAUAAACAGGCCUAUCUUGAGGUUCUUCGGUGGGGUCAAGAGAUCUGCGAACUAGAAGCUCAACCUUGCUCGCAUGCUGUUGCGGUCCGUCGUGAUGUGUCCGAGGCUAUAUCGCUCGAGGUCAGCAGCGAUGCUUCGUUGUUCGGUGGAGGGCUCGCCAUCUAUGCUGGCGGUGAGCUUGUAUACGAGGAUGCGGUGCGAUUCUCCCGGUGCCAGACUCUUCACUCCAGCAAUAGACGAGAGCUUCGUCUUUGCUUGCUGGCCCUUCGUAAAGUCGCUGAGAUCUCUGAGUACUGCGCCAAAUCCGCGUGCAAGAAGCGGAGGGGGGUCCCGGUGAAUGUCUGCUUUCGAUGUGAUAAUCGACCAAGUUUGGCGUGGAUUCGUUCUGGCUCUCUCAGCUUCAUCCUCCAGCUCCUCGAGAGAGAGCUAUAG